GUAAUGUUAUUCAUCCGAUCAGCUGACUUUGAAUGUGAUGCUGCUGAAGGUCCUCUGAAUCAACAACCUGAUCAUUUUACUCUUAUGCGUCGAUAAUUAAAAGAAGUGCUGCAUUUUGUCAUACAGUGUACAACUGUAACAAAUUCACCCCCUAUUGAGGGCAGGAGAACAGAGGACUCACACAGCCAUGACAGAGUUCUGGUUGAUUUCGGCCCCUGGCGAUAAGACUUGCCAGCAGACAUGGGACAAGAUGAACAUGGCCACUUCCCGUCCCAACAUCCUCUCCACCAACAACAAGUUCAACAUCCCUGAUCUUAAGGUUGGAACUUUGGACGUUCUUGUGGGUUUGUCUGAUGAUCUGGCCAAACUGGACUCUUUUGUGGAAAGUGUCGUGAAGAAGGUGGCACAGUACAUGGCAGACGUACUGGAAGAUAGCCGAGACAAAGUCCAAGAGAACUUGCUGGCCAAUGGAGUUGAUCUGAUUACCUACAUAACAAGGUUCCAAUGGGACAUGGCCAAAUACCCAAUUAAACAGUCUUUAAAGAAUAUCUCCGAGAUUGUCUCCAAGCAAGUGACUCAGAUUGAUAACGACCUGAAGGCCAGAGCAUCUGCCUACAACAACCUGAAAGGAAACCUUCAGAACCUGGAGCGCAAAAAUGCGGGAAGCUUGCUGACUAGGAGUUUGGCUGACAUUGUGAAGAAAGAAGACUUUGUGCUUGACUCAGAAUAUCUUAUUACCCUUUUGGUUGUUGUUCCAAAGACAAACUAUGCUGACUGGCAGAAAACAUAUGAAUCCCUGGCUGAAAUGGUGGUUCCUCGAUCAACAAAUCUGUUGUUUGAAGAUGGAGAAAGUGGCCUGUUCAGUGUCACCCUCUUCAGAAAAGCGGUAGAUGACUUCAGGCUCAAGGCCCGGGAAAAUAAAUUUGGUGUGCGUGACUUCCAGUACAAUGAGGAGGAGAUGAAAGCAGACAAAGAGGAGAUGACGCGCCUCUCCACUGACAAGAAGAAGCAGUUUGGCCCUCUGGUUCGGUGGCUCAAAGUGAACUUCAGUGAGGCAUUCAUAGCUUGGACCCACAUCAAGGCUCUGCGUGUGUUUGUGGAGUCUGUCUUGAGGUAUGGGCUGCCAGUCAACUUCCAGGCCAUGCUCCUUCAGCCCAACAAGAAGAACAUGAAGAAGCUGAGGGAGGUCCUCUAUGACCUUUACAAACACCUCGACAGCAGCGCAUCCGUUAUAGAUGCCUCCAUGGAUAUUCCUGGUCUGAACCUAAGCCAGCAAGAGUACUACCCUUAUGUUUACUACAAGAUUGACUGUAGCCUGCUGGAUUUCAAAUAGGAUGGCACCAAUCAUCUGUAUGUCAGUGUGAAGCCUCAUGUCAGAUUCCUAAAGCUUUAAUUUAUUUCCUUUACGUCGCUGUCGAAAGUUUUCUUUCAGUUCCAAUGAUGCUGUUUUUUUCCCAGUACCCUGUCUGUUUGACUUUCCCAGCUGUGUGCCCCUGCUUAUGUGUAAAUUGAAGUCGCCUGUGCUCAAAAGGCCAUACUGCAUUCUCACCAAAGCUGCAAAGCUGUGUUUAUUUUUUAUUCGGUUAUGUUGUUAUUCCUGUGAGAACUGUCGGUAUUACAGAGUGUCAAUCACCGUACAGUAUACAUGAACACUCUGUGAAAAUAAUGAACUAUUUGGGGUCUAGUGUGUAUCCUGUGCAAUGAUGACUGAAUUUGAAACCAUUCCUUUAUUUGUGUUGAUAAUGAUGUGUUGAAGUGAAGAUGUGUGUGGAUGGACCAUUCUAACGGUGGUGUGGUACUGUAUUUCUUAACUCCCCACAGCACUUCUAACAUCAUGUGAUAGAUGUAGUGAUUAUCUCUGAUUGUGGUAUCAAAGCAAUAUGUAUAUUCACAUGUGUUUAUGAAACAAUUGAUUGUGAAAAAACAAACCCCAACACUUACAAAACAAAUAAAUGUAUAUUUAAAA